GGAUACCAAGGCAUCUAAUAUGGCGGAGAACUUGGGUCUCUUUCGUUGUCCCCUUCCAAUCUUUAUUUUCUUUUUAUUUCACGGCUCGGUUUUAAGCGUAGUGAAUGGGGAUCUUUGGAAAAUUCACUGCAUCUCCCUGAAGGAUCACUCUGUUUGUGAGAAAAAAAUGUUUUUGCUGUUAGUACAAAUGGUUUCUGUUUGUCGAAAGACAGAACUUCUAGAAUUUAAAAACUGGAGUUUUAUGGAAAGAAGUAUUCUAUUGAAAGAAUUUGACGUGGACGAGGAAACGAGAAAUUAUAUAAGACAAGUACAUGGAGUAAUUUUUUCAAAAGUUCAUCUAGUUCCUCUGAAAUAUAAACCUUAUUUGGUGGCUAUUUCUCAAGAAGUAUUGACGGACAUUCUUGAUUUGAAUGAUUCUGCCUUUGAAUCACCAGCAUUCAUAGACUUUGCUGCGGGAAAUGAAAUGAUACCAAACUCAAUUAUGCUAUCACAUAGAUACGGUGGACAUCAGUUUGGCGAUUGGGCAGGUCAGCUAGGAGAUGGUCGUGCUGUAAUUUUGGGGGAAUACACGAAUAGGAUAGGAGAGAGGUGGGAACUUCAGUUAAAAGGCUCAGGGAAGACUCCCUAUUCAAGGUACUGUUUAAGCAAUUUUUAGCCUUCUCCACAUCUGUAAGGUUUAGUUUUGAUUUGAAACUAAAUUAUUUACAUUUAUUUGUAAAAUCUUUUAGUCAGUUGCCAUCUUCUAUUAUCCUCUGCUGCAUUACAUAGAGUGGGUAAUAUUUGCAACUCUGAAUACAUAUAUCAAACCUCUUGUUUUUUUCUAUAAGCCAUAUACUUCGAUAAGAUAUGCUGAACAUGCUUUUUAAAGUGGAAUUAUUUUCUAA